AUGGCUGAUUCAUUUUGCUGUACAGUAGAAACUAAUACAACCUUGUAAAGCUACUGUGCACCAAUAAAAAUUAAUUUAAAAUAAAUACAUAUUCUGUUCCUUUCUGUAAAAAAUAAAUAGACAUUCAUCUUCAGCUUGAAGACAGGCCAGAUCCAUUAAAAAAAAAGAAUUAUAGGCACAUAUUAACAAAAACUAUCAUUUUUUGUCUGUAUCCUACAUCAACUUCCUUUUAAAAAAAAACAAAAACAAAAACAAAACUUUUUCUAAACAUUUCUGUGCUCUUUAUAAAAGCUAACUUGCCUGGCAGAUACUCUCAAGGUUUUGUGAUAAUUGCAUUCUUGUCUUCUCUACUCUGUAUUUAUAAAGCACAUUUUAUUUCUGUUCCUCUUUUGAGAAAGUUAUAAAUCAACAAAUUUCCUCCAAGUUCAAGGCCAGGCAGACCAUGAUUGUAGUUCAAGCUCCACCACUCACCAGUAACAGUGUGCAGGCAAAUUAUUCUCACUGAUAAAAUGGGAUAGAAUGGCAUCAUCCAUUCAAUGGACUUGAGUUUAAGCAAACUCUGGGAGAUAGUGAAGGACAGGGAAGCCUGGUGUGCUGCAGUCCAUGGGGUCACGAAGAGUCGGACACAACUGAUCGACUGAACAACAGCAAUACAUUGGGAAUAACACCAAUUACCUCAUAGCAUCUACAAGGAUUAACUGAGAUAACAUUCGUGAAGCCCCCAGCCCUGUGUGUCUCAGGAGACACAUGUUCAUAGGUUAACUCCUUUCCUGUUUCCCAUUAGUCUCUUUCCUUUACCCUCCCUCAACCUAAUUUCCAAAUAGUGCAUACAUAAUUGUAGGAACAUCAACAUGAAUGGCCUGAUGCAUUUGUUACUGAAUUAACUCAGCAGUGAACUUGGCAUUCUCUCCCCAAACUUUCCCCUUCAUUAAUCCUCCUGGGCAACAUCCUUAAACACAGUCUUACUCCUAGACACCAGAAACUGUGAAACCAGUCAUGCACAAGAGCGUUUUCUACCAGGCUUUCAGCUGGUCUCAUUUGUCCUUAAAGACCAGACAGAUCUUAUGUUGUUCACAGUGGGCUGACUCUGGCCAUGUGGUCACUGCCGUCAAGAUCUGCCACCAGGAGGACAGCAGUUCAAUAAAAUCUUGAAUUCUAUUUAUAGCCUACUUGAAACAAACACUCUCCCAUGAAGCCUGAGGAGUCCUCCUUGAGUACACAGAAAGUAAUUCACUAGUCCCAGUACCAAACUAGGGCAACAGAAGGGUGGAAAAUGCAGUAAGUACAUUUUUUUCUAGCCCUCUACAGUUUAUAAAGCGUUUGCUCCUACGUGCUGUCUCAUUUCAUCCUCAUAUUGACCCAGCAGGGAGCCAAAGCAGACAUUGGCAGUAAAUUCCCAUUUUAUAGAUUAUAAACCCAAUGUUUAGUAGGUUAGAUGAGUUGCUCAUGUUACAUGGUUGGAGAAGGAGGGGAGAGGAAAGUGGUUAAAGAGUAAGAAUGAUUUCCUGUUAAUGCGAUCAAUCUAAUCCUCAGUGAAUAAUGGUUUACCUGUAAGAAUAAAAAAGAAAACAAUGAGAAAUAAUGUUUUAUAAUGUUUUGGCAAGCUUAAAAACUGUUUCUUCUCCACUUCAGAUAGGAAAACCAAAAUAAGAUAAAUAGAAACCUGCUGUUUAGGGCAGGGAGCUCAGCUCAGUCGGUGUUCUAUGAUGAUCUAGAUGGGUGGGAUGGGGUGGAAUGCGAGGGGGGCCACAAGUGAGGAGAUAUAUAUACAUAUAUAUAUACACACACACAUAUACCUGCUUCAUUUGAGUAUACAACACUAUAAGGCAACUGUACCCCAAUUAAAAAAAAAAAAAACCUAGACAGACUUUACAGGGAAACAUUUAUAAACAUGUUUGUAUCUGCCUAGAACAUCUACAUGCAGAAUGAUUAUAUUUUAGGCCAGAAACGCCUUUCUGAAAUCUCUCCAAAUUAAAAUGUGCAUCAGUCAAGACUAAUCUUGAAAAAGAUGGCAAGAAUUUUUAUGAGAAGUUUUAGUUGAUUUUGCCAGUCAUCUCUGAAAUAGAUGUAUCUUUACUGUCUUUUUAAUAUGGGGGAUUUACAUAAUUCAAAUAUGAGUCCCCAGAGCAAGACUUCAUUAAUGUGAAUUAGUUUAUGGAGCAGAAAUGAUUUUAUUCUGAAAAGAAUUAUUUUAUUUUGAUUUUGGCAAGUACUUUAAUUUUCUAAGAUCUUUCUUUAAGCUGUGUUACCGCAAAGAGUCAAACAUGACUUAGUGACUGAGCAGCAACCACAUUAAAAGGGCGUACAAAAAACUUUUUGGCUUGAAAAGGACGUCUGAUCUAUUAGAAUAGCUACACUGAAGUCCAUGUGUGUGUGUGUGUGUGUGUGUGUGUGUGCGUGUGUAUGUAUAUGUGUGUGUGUGUGUGUGUGACACACACAGAUAAAGAGAGGGAAGCGGGGAGAGAGAGAGAGAUUACUCAAGAGUGCCUCUGGCUUAGCAGAUUGGCACUGAGCCAUUUGGGGCUUCUCAGAUUUACUGCUUCUCUGACUAUUGUUGCAGCUCUGAUUUAUGGAGUUCAAAAUCUCUUGAAAAGCAAGGUGUCUUAAGUUUACAGUAUUUCCUUGAUGGUCCCUCCCUUUCCCCUGUUCAUUCCUUUUGCCCCCCGUUCACCUUGCAAUGACCUUGCACGACUCAGCAUUUUUACCUGAGCUCAGUAGCCGGGGAACCUGCUGGUGCUGGGGCAAGGGCAGCGGUUGGUUUCCAUUCCUGCGUGAUGGAGUCAUGGGAGAAAUUGUCGGGAACCAACGGAGAGUAGGACCCGAGCGGCAGCAGGGCUGAACUGUGUUUAAGCGGCUCAGGACAGAGCAGCUGGCUCCCUCUCCCAGCCUGCAAGUGCAGCCUGCCUUUGUCACUGACUGCUGAAGUGUGUGUUUGUGCAAGAAAGACACUGAUCUUCUAAACUAGAAUGUCAGCUGUUGCUACAUACACUUGAACUGCUGAGCUCCGUGGAUCCACUCUUCAUAGUUUCUUGCUUUUAGGCUUCGUCACAACACUGUGGAAUGGAGGUGAUCGAGAUCGAAUGACAGCCAAUCAUGAGAGCUAUCUCCUUAUGGCGAGCACCCAGAAUGAUAUGGAAGACUGGGUCAAGUCCAUCCGCCGAGUCAUCUGGGGACCAUUUGGAGGAGGCAUUUUCGGACAGAAACUGGAAGAUACUGUUCGCUAUGAGAAGAGAUAUGGGAACCGCCUGGCUCCAAUGUUGGUGGAGCAGUGUGUGGACUUCAUCCGACAAAGGGGGCUGAAGGAAGAGGGUCUCUUCCGACUGCCAGGCCAGGCUAACCUGGUCAAGGAACUGCAGGAUGCUUUUGACUGUGGAGAGAAGCCGUCAUUUGACAGCAACACGGAUGUACACACAGUGGCAUCACUUCUUAAACUGUAUCUCCGAGAACUCCCAGAACCGGUUAUUCCCUAUGCCAAGUAUGAAGACUUCUUGUCCUGUGCCAAACUGCUCAGCAAAGAAGAGGAAGCUGGUGUUAAAGAAUUAGCGAAGCAAGUGAAGAGUUUGCCAGUGGUCAAUUACAACCUUCUCAAGUAUAUUUGCAGGUUCUUGGAUGAAGUGCAGUCCUAUUCAGGAAUUAACAAAAUGAGUGUGCAGAACUUGGCCACUGUCUUUGGCCCUAAUAUCCUGCGUCCCAAAGUGGAAGAUCCCUUGACCAUUAUGGAGGGCACUGUGGUGGUCCAACAGCUGAUGUCAGUGAUGAUUGGCAAACAUGAUCGCCUCUUCCCCAAAGAUGCAGAGCUGCAAAGCAAGCCCCAGGAUGGCAUGAGCAACAACAACAAUGACCUUCAGAAAAAAGCCCUCAUGGGGCAGCUACAGAACAAGGAGAACAAUAAUACCAAGGACAGUCCCGUAAGGCGGUGCUCUUGGGACAAGCCUGAGUCUCCCCAAAGAAGCAGCACGGAUAAUGGAUCCCCCACAGCUCUGCCAGGCAGCAAAACCAACAGCCCCAGGAACAGCAUCCACAAGCUGGAUGUCUCUAGAAGCCCCCCUCUCAUGGUCAAAAAGAAUCCCGCCUUCAACAAGGGCAGUGGAAUUGUCACCAAUGGGUCCUUCAGCAGCAGUAAUGCUGAAGCACUCGAGAAAGCCCAGACCACUCCCAAUGGGAGCUUACAGGCCAGAAGGACCUCUUCCCUGAAGGGGUCUGGUACCAAAAUGGGCACCCACAGCGUGCAGAACGGAACCGUGCGCAUGGGCAUCUUGAACUCUGAUACCCUGGGGAACCCCGGGAAUGGCCGCAGCAUGAGCUGGCUGCCCAAUGGCUACGUGACCCUGAGGGAUAAUAAGCAGAAAGAGCAAGCAGGAGAGUCGGGCCAGCACAACAGGCUCUCCACCUACGAUAACGUCCACCAACAGUUCUCGGCGAUGAGCCUCGACGACAAGCAGAGCGUCGACAGCGCCACCUGGUCCACUUCCUCCUGUGAGAUCUCCCUACCCGAGAACUCCACCUCCUGCCGCUCCUCCACCACCACCUGCCCGGAGCAAGACUUUUACGGUGGGAACUUUGAGGACCCCGUUUUGGAUGGGCCCCCGCAGGACGACCUCGCCCACCCCGCGGACUAUGAAAACAAAAGCGACCGGAGGAGUGUGGGCGGCCGCAGUAGUCGGGCCACCAGCAGCAGCGACAACAGUGAGACCUUCGUUAGCAACACCACCAGCAACCACAGCGCCCUGCACAGCUUAGUGUCCAGCCUGAAACAGGAAAUGACCAAACAGAAGAUAGAGUAUGAGUCCAGGAUAAAGAGCUUAGAACAGCGAAACUUGACUUUGGAAACAGAAAUGAUGAGCCUCCACGAUGAACUGGAUCAAGAAAGGAAAAAGUUCACAAUGAUAGAAAUCAAAAUGCGAAAUGCUGAACGGGCAAAAGAAGAUGCAGAGAAAAGAAAUGACAUGCUUCAGAAAGAGAUGGAGCAGUUUUUUUCCACGUUUGGGGAGCUGACAGUGGAACCCAGGAGAACCGAGAGAGGAAACACGAUAUGGAUCCAGUGAGGGGCUCUCUCUCCUGCUGUCUCGAGUGGCCCUGGGAAGGACUCUGGGGAUUCUGGUGGGAAGAUUAUAUGGGACCAGGUGGCUGGUCACCUGGCUGUACAGAGUUCUAGCUGGGGAAGGCAUAUCAUUUAUAGACAUUACCCACCCAUAUCUUCAAUGUGUACCAAAGUUGUAUCAUGUCCCAUAAUGCUACUGUUAAGUGUUACAACUGGAUAUGUGUAUAUAGAGUAGUUUUUAAAAAGUGAACUAAAAACAAGAAGCGUAUCUCAAGAAUUAUUUUAUUGGCAGUCUUGUAUUUAAAAUGUUAAAUCAGUAUGUCAUUGCAAUUUAGCUUGCUUUCAAGCUUCACCCCUUGCACUUAACAUAAGCUAUUUUUGGCAUUGUGUUAUCAUCAGCUUAUUUUAUAGAUCAAUAUUUUUAUUUCCCCUUUUGCUGAGGAAACGGAGAUAAGCAGAUAUAUAAAUAUAUAAAAAUAUAUAUGAGAUGAGUUAUUAAAAUCAAAAGAAUACUUUGUGGCUGUGCUGUUUGUGCUGAUAGACCUUGCCGUGACCAAAAAGAGAAAUGUAAAUAAUUUUAUAAAAUAUGAUGGAAUCCCCAGGAAACUUUGAAUCACUCUAUGAAUUCUGCCCUUGACACUGUUCAGUUUUCUUGAUGAGAUGGUUUGACACAGGAAAUUUUAGAUUAAGUAAAAAGUUCUCCUUCUCAAGUCCCCUGGUCUGUCUUGCCCAUGCCAUAGACGCAUGUCUCCUAUGCAGGAUGCACUUUAGAGGGGGG